GGCAAACACAGGAGAUGAUUGCCCUGCAAAAGUCUUCACCGUCGCACUCUCCAUGGAGCCGUUGGGAUGUUGAUCUUCAUCUACUCACGUCGGCAAAGAUAUGAAAGACCCCCAAGGCCCCUUCGUUCCUGCAUAUUUGGGACCUAACCUCUUUCUCUAGUCGAUGGGACUUUGUGCGGUCCCCUGCCCAUGCGAGCCAUACCAGAUUUUCUGCAUUACAGGGAUCAUAGUGCCAAGCAUAUGUGUAAGGAGCUGUCUGAAGUCUUGGGCUUGCGUCAAUGGGCGAGGGGCUGGUCCCAGGGUUUGGGUACGUUACAAGGUUAGUACAGUAGGUUACCGAGAGAGAGGUAAAAAAAAAACGAGUUUGCCACGUUCGGACAAGGACAGCCGAGAAUGCCAGCCUCUCAUGGCAGCCAUACAGUAUGGAGUUCCUUGGGGUGCGACGGAUCAGUGGGCAAAAGGGGCCGUCUUGUGCUACCCACGUAUGAUUUAUGGGCCAAACGGUAGGCUGUACCAUGCCAACACACACUGCACCCCUCCGUUGCGGCAAAAUUCUCACAGGAUAUUUGGACGAUAAUAUGGAUCAUGGAGGUUUGGGUGAGGGCUAGCGUCGGUCGCUUAACCUUUCGUAGAGAAUCCAACCGAGAUGGACCUUUCUGGACAUGACCGACUGGUUUUCCGUCGACCAUGUGGAGCCUGGCAGAGUAUACAGGUUGUGGAUACUCUCAAUAGGCUAGCUGUAGAUCCUUGCCACACCGGUCAAUUCGAGGGAGAUUGUGUUGUUCCUGAGUCCUGUCUGCAUUCAACCCAAUACCCAUUGCCCUUGGGUGGAUAAAAUCAGGCGAAACGGUGUCGCAAUUGGAAUAGUGCGCACAGGUUCUCGAGUGAGUGCCGGUGAGUAUAAGAGACCUCGCUUAUGCUUCCUUUCUGAAGACGAACUUGCAUGGUUGCAAGCCGAUCUGUCAUCUCGAUUCGCCCAACACGGAAUACCUCAUACCAUCAUCAUAAUUUCUUGCAUUUCACCCCCCUUGCACCACUCGCCGGAGAAGCUUGCCAACACCAAAAAAAAAACAAAAAAAAAAUGGCAUCACCAAGGCCCACCACCACCAAGCAGUGGAUCCUCACCAACAAACCGGCCGGUGAACCGAUCUUGUCAGGCCCUGAUGCUACCUGGCAACUGAAGGAGGUGCCGCUCCCUCCCCUGGAGCCUGGACAGAUCCUGGCCAAGGUCAAAUACUUCUCCAACGACACUGGUCUGAGGAACUUCAUCCAGUCGACUGUGGCUGCGGACCGUUUCUAUGUGCCCACCGUGCCUCUCGGCUCGCCGAUGCGGUCAGGCGUCAUCGCUGAGGUGGUCGAGUCCGCUUCGGACAAGUUCAAGGCCGGUGACAUGGUGAUGGACUUCCACCUGGGCGUCUGGGGUGAGCACUGCAUCCUGAACGCAGACGAAUCCCAGCCCCUGGGCCCGCUGCCCGGCGGUCUCUCCCCCACACAUUACCUAGGUGCCCUUGGUGCCUCUGGCCUGGCCGCCUACACCGGUCUCUACUAUGCUGGCAAGGCCAAGCCGGGGCAGACAAUCGUCAUCUCGGCGGCAGCAGGCGCCACCGGCACCAUGGCCGUUCAGAUCGCGGCCAAGAUCCUCGGCGCCGGCAAGGUGAUUGGUAUCUCGUCGAGCGAGGAGAAGUGCAAGUUUGUCAAGUCGCUAGGUGCACACGAGUGCCUCAACUACAACUCGCCUACCUUCAAGGAGGACCUGAUUAAGGCCACGCCCGACGAGGUUGACCUGUUCUUUGACAACACUGGAGGCGAGAUCCUCGACCUGAUGCUGACUCGGGUCAAGAAGCACGGCCACGUUGCUGUGUGCGGCGCCGUGACCAUGUACAACAACGAGGAGCCGCUCAAGUUGAAGAACUGGUUCGAGGUCAUUUCUUGCCGCAUCACCAUCCGAGGCUUCAUCAUGCUGGACUACAUGGACAAGGUGCCAGCAAUCAUGGGUGAGCUCAUGGGGGCCAUCGCGGACGGAAGGUUGCAGCUGGGCGAUGCCGAGACAAUCAUAGAUGCUUCUAUUGAAGAGCAACCCAAGGUGUGGAUGAGGCUGUUCAACGGUGAAGACCAGCAGGCCAAGGCCGGCAAGUUGAUUACCAGGCUGAACUAGCUGGGCUAGACACGGUCUUGGUUUCAAGCUGGGGAAUAUCUGUGGAUAGACGCCAAAAAUAACCAAACAAAUUUAAAAAGAAUAAAAAUUAAAAAAGUUCAAAAAAAAGUAAAUUAAUAAAAAUGAUGAGCAAGAAAAUACCCACCAGGGAGAUAUCGC